UUUGAAAGGUAACAGAGGUCACAUGGUACAAGGAUAUUCACAACAGCCUUGUACCAUGUGACACACUGUGACCAAUCACAGCUCACACAGUAGUUCUCAGUGGCUGCAAGACAUGUGAUCAUUCACAGAUUUCACAUGUACUAAGCAAUGAUGUCAGAAGUGACAUCUUGUUUACUACUCUUCAUGUGAUCACUGAUUGGCCAAUCAGUGAUCACAUGAUCGGGACCUCACACAGCGGGCACCGGAUCGCAGUGCUGGACGCUCCCAGGGAGCGCGUACAAGCAGGUAGCAGGGAGGACGUUUAUAAAUGGCCACCCGCCCCUGCACUGCUCCCGUCUGGCUGUUUAUAUACAUGGGCUGGAUGGGAAGUGAUU